GGAGGAGGGCACCGCACGGCCGCGAUCCCCGAGAGCGUCGACCACUCCGGGCGCCGCCGAGAGGAUCGGCGCGGUCGGGUCCCCGCCCUCCCGGUGCUGGUCGGGUCCGCGCCCGGUCCCCGGACUGGGCGCCGUGGCGUUACCCCGGAGCCCGCCACCCGCGGGGCGCGCACCGCCUUAACCCGGGCGGCCCCGCGGCAGGCAGAAGCCCGCAGGUCCAUGGUGGGCUCGGAGCGCGAUGAGCCGCCCGUCCUCCACCGGCCCCAGCGCUAACAAACCCUGCAGCAAGCAGCCGCCGCCGCCUCAGACCCCGCACGCCCCGUCCCCGGCUGCGCCCCCGGCUGCCGCCACCAUCUCGGCUGCGGGCCCCGGCUCGUCCGCGGUGCCCGCCGCGGCAGCGGUGAUCUCAGGCCCCGGCGCCGGCGGCGGGGCCGGCCCAGUGUCCCCGCAGCACCACGAGCUGACCUCGCUCUUCGAGUGCCCGGUCUGUUUUGACUAUGUCCUGCCCCCCAUUCUGCAGUGCCAGGCCGGGCACCUGGUGUGUAACCAAUGCCGCCAGAAGUUGAGCUGCUGCCCGACUUGCAGGGGCGCCCUAACGCCCAGCAUCAGGAACCUGGCUAUGGAGAAGGUCGCCUCGGCAGUUCUGUUUCCCUGUAAGUAUGCCACCACGGGCUGUUCCCUGACUCUACACCAUACAGAGAAACCAGAGCAUGAAGACAUCUGUGAAUACCGUCCUUAUUCCUGUCCCUGUCCUGGUGCCUCCUGCAAGUGGCAGGGAUCCCUAGAAGCUGUGAUGUCCCAUCUCAUGCAUGCCCACAAGAGCAUCACUACCCUUCAGGGAGAGGACAUAGUCUUUCUAGCUACAGACAUUAACCUGCCAGGGGCUGUGGACUGGGUGAUGAUGCAGUCCUGUUUUGGCCACCACUUCAUGCUGGUACUCGAGAAGCAAGAGAAGUACGAAGGUCACCAGCAGUUCUUUGCCAUCGUCCUCCUCAUUGGCACCCGCAAGCAAGCAGAGAACUUUGCCUACAGACUGGAGUUGAAUGGGAACCGGAGGAGACUGACCUGGGAGGCCACACCCCGGUCCAUUCAUGAUGGUGUGGCUGCAGCCAUCAUGAACAGUGACUGCCUUGUUUUUGACACAGCCAUAGCACAUCUCUUUGCAGAUAAUGGGAACCUUGGAAUCAAUGUCACGAUAUCUACAUGCUGUCAGUGAGGCUCCAGGAGGCUUUCCGAACCCUGGGAAGUUAUUUGGGCAUAGCGCUCUAUGUUUAAUAAAGUUUUUUAAUAGA